UGCAAAAAUCAUUUGACGACCUUCCCGAUCGAAUUUUGAGCUGAAAUUUGGUAUGGACAAACUAGACUUGAUGAGGAACAUGCUCAAAAAAUUUCAUCAAAAAAUUUCACCGGGAAGGUGCUCAAACGGGCUCGGCCGGACGGGGCAGCCCGUCAGGCCGGCCUGAUGAGAAGAGCACUCUUGCUUCUAACCCUAAAGCUUGUAGUCAUGUCCCCUGCGUGCAAAUGCCCACCCAUGCCGCCGCCGGGAGUACAACGCCGCCGCCCACGUAGAGCAACACCGCCGCUCGCCGUGCAGCAACGCCACAACUGGAGAGGUCGCCAGCCGUUCGCACAAAUCAGACGGGCUGGGAGAAAAAUAGCCAAUCCAGAAGGUAUGCAGCCUGAGAAGGCAUCCACUCGACCUGGGUGCCAUGUCGUCGUCAACGGCCGUCGCUCGCCCGAAAUCCUGCACCCACAGUCUAGUCGCGCCGCCUCCACAGAUGCCGGCCUGAGAGCAAAGUCACCGACAAUAUAAAGCCAGAAUUUGAAGCCAUUCAAGAACGGCGACUUCAGAAUUAGAGAAGUGGGAAAAAGGAAGCGUCUUCCGUGAACACUUGUGAAGACCUGUUCUUCAUACUUUUUGCUUUUUCAAUUAUGGAAUACUGGAAAAGUCAUACGCCUCAUUGAAAAGUGGUCUUAAUUUUUUUUAUUUUUGAGAUUAUGGUUUCUUCAAUUCAGG